AGACAGACAGACAGACAGACAGACAGGCAGACAGACAGACAGACAGACAGACAGACAGACAGACAGUUCACCUGUUUUUGCUCACAACAGGAGGUGUUACCAGAGUGUGAGAGUGGGACAGAAAUACAACAGAGUGACGCCUGGUGUGUUGUGUCACAGUCAGCCUUCAACAGGAUACUGCACUGAGAACUGGACCAAAACUGGACUAAUACAUUCAUCUGUCCGUCUUCUAUUAAAGGAUGUCGCUCAGAGACAAAUGGGAGAAGAAGGCUCAGAGUGUGGCAGACCAGAUCAAACAGGAGGCCGAAUGGAAGGAGAAAAGUUCCAAAGUAGUUUCAUCAAAGUGGAAUUAUCACUGGGGAAUUGUUGCCACUGGAGACUUCAAGAAGCUCACCAGUGGGGCAGAUGAAGAGGAAAAAAAGAAACCGAAAAUCAAAUUCAAAGUGGUCGCACCUCCUCCCAAACCCAAACACGAGCCUGCUCCCCCCCCGCCUCCCCCCAGGAAAACGGCUUCACCCAAACCUCUCAGGCGGAAGCGUAAAGUUGAGGUGGAUGUGUUCGGGCUGUGCUGGAAAGACUCCUGGAUGAGCCUGAAGCCUCCAAAGUAUCUGUUCCUGAAGGCCAAAGAGAGGAAAACCAAAACCCCGGGAUUCACCACCAUAGAGCUGACUAACAGCAGAGAGUUCAAAGUGAAGAUCUUGGAGUCAGAGCCAGAACAUGCUGCUGCUCCUGAGGACGAUGAAUGGAGGCUCUCCUGGAAGCAGGUGAUGGGAGCUUCACAUCAAUACACACACAACGCCUGGACAACGGUCAGUGUUGUUCAUAUUUUGGACAAAGUUUGA